AUGCAUAAGUCUGAACUCGAGCGUGAUCGUCUAGCAAUGGAACUUGAAGACGAAAGGAGGUUAAGGGAGAUAUUAGAGCACCGGUUGGCCGAGCAAAAGAUGUCACAGAACCACAACAAUACUGACAUAUCAGUAGAGCAAUUUGCUGAUUCUAGCCAGCUAGACGUAUUAAAAACUCCAGAUUCUCAGCGGACACAGGAUGGAUUCAUUGCUAGCCGCUCACACUAUUUGAAGGAUGCAGAGUUCUGCCCAAUACCUGAAAAUUUAGGUUCUGUGGCUGAUGAGGAUCUCUGGAUGCAAUUGAAUAAAGAAUGCAUCACUGAUCUUGAUAUGCUUGAAAUGACAUCUGAUUUUAAAUGUCCUCCGUCCCCAGAAGAUACGACAGCGGUAAGUCCAGUUUCAAUUAUUUUUCUUUGA